UUUUGGCUUGCGUUCACAUGAGUGAUGCCUGUCACGGGUCAUCAUGGCGGAGCCUCAGAACAUGUUGCACUUGUUGUCCAGCUAACCCAUCUGUGAGGAUCAUCGACCGUGUGGGCUGGUGGUUCCCGCUCAGACUGCGGAAUGGACGAGGAGAACAAACUUCAGUUUCCGUCUCUGCCCGCCAACAAAGAGGAGCUUCUGGAUUGGGCUUAUCCAAUGAGACGAGAAAUGCAGGAGAUAUUACCAGGACUGUUUUUAGGUCCAUAUGCUGCUGCAAUGAAAAGCAAGCUGCCAAUUCUUGAAAAACAGGGCAUAACACACAUUCUCUGUGUCCGCCAAGACGUUGAAGCCAAUUUUAUCAAACCUAAUUUCCCUCAUUCAUUUAGAUAUCUUGUUUUGGAUAUCGCUGACAAUCCAGUAGAAAAUAUCAUACGAUUUUUCCCUAUGUCAAAAGAAUUUAUUGAUAGCUGCUUAGCAACAGGAGGUAAGGAUGCAUCAUGUUCCCUUUUUAUAUGCUUUAAAUGUUUUGUUUUUAAGGAAUUAAUCUUGUUUCUCUCUUCAGGAAAGGUGCUGGUUCACAGUAAUGCAGGGAUAUCAAGAAGUGCUGCCUUAGUGAUCGCAUACCUUAUGGAGACAUUUGGAAUGAAAUACAGGGAUGCCUUCAGCCAUGUCCAGGAGAGGAGGUUCUGCAUCAACCUCAAUGUGGGCUUUGUGCAUCAGCUACAGGAAUAUGAAGCAAUCUACUUAGCCAAACUGACCAUUAAAAUGAUGUCUCCAAUGCAGCUGGGAAGGCCAUUCUUACAAGCUGGGAUGCCAGGAAGCCGGAAGCGCAGCCUGGAGGAUGAUGAGGACUUUGCCACGAUGCAGGUCACAGCAGCACAAAAUGGAUGAGCUUUGUUGAAAUUUAACCAUGUGGCACAGUGCACUCGCUUUAUUAUUAUUUUUUUUUUUACAUUUUAAUGGGAUUAAAAAUGUAAAUAUUUGAACUGUUUCUAAGAUGAACAGUGAGGGUGGGAGGUGGGCACUCAUGUUUGAGACAUGGAGCACUGAGAGGAACUGGAAAUCUUGAUAACUUCCCCUCACCUGACAUUGUAUGUACUGAUGGGAGUUUUUUUUUUUUGUUUUUGUUUGUUUGUUUGUUUUUUGCAGUUUUAUAGUAUUUAAAGCAUUUUGCAUUUUCAGCAGGACAGUAUUGCAAUAAUGCACUUUUGAUACUUGAAUUUGUGUGGAUGACCAGAAUGGGCGAAAGUAGCCAGGACAUUGCCCAGUGAAAAGCAUAAGGGGAAUAGCUAAUGCCUUUCUUUUGGAGUAAUAGGAUUUAUGAACUAAUGUGAAGCUAAAUGUUGGAUAGGAAGGAAUGGAAAAAAUAGCAACUUGCUGUUUAAUAAAAACCCUUUACAGUC